AUGAAGAGAAAUUGGAAAGCCCCUCUCUCUCUCUCUCUCUCUCUCUCCUCUCCCUCUCUUUCCCCGCUCUUUCUCUCUUUUUCUAUUUCUCUCACUCCCUUUUUUGUUGUGUCUCUCUCUCUCUCUCUCUCUCUCUUUCUCUAUCUUUGUUUUUUUGCAUCUCAUUCUUCUUUUAAUGUGUCUAUCUCCUUUCUCUCUCUCUCUCUCUCUCUCUCUCUCUCUCUUUGUGUCUUGCCUCUCUCUCUCAGCAAAUUUUUUUCUUCCCUCUCUCUCAGUCCUUUGCUUAUUUUAUUCUCUUUCUGUGUCUAUCUCCUUUCUCUCUCUCUCUCUCUCUCUCUCUCUCUCUCUGAGUUUGGUCUUGUCUCUCUCUCUUUUAAAAAAACUUUAAAAUCUCUGUGUCCUUUGCUUCUCAUUCGUUCUCUUUCUGUGUCUAUCUCCUUUCUCUCUCUCUCUCUCUCUCUCUCUCUCUCUCUUUGUGUCUUGCCUCUCUCUCUCAGCACUUUCUAUGUCUUCCCUCUCUCUGUGUCGCUUUGCUUCUCAUUCGUUCUCUUUCUGUGUCUAUCUCCUCUCUCUCUCUCUCUCUCUCUCUCUCUCUCUCUUUUGUGUCUUGCCUCUCUCUCUCAGCACUUUCUAUGUCUUCCCUCUCUCUGUGUCGCUUUGCUUCUCAUUCGUUCUCUUUCUGUGUCUAUUUCUCUCUCUCUCUCUCUCUCUCUCUCUCUCUCUCUUUGUCUUUUUGCUCUCUCUCUCAGCAAAUCUAUGUCUUCCCUCUCUCUGUGUCCUUUUGCUUCUCAGCAGUUCUCUUUCUGUGGAAUAUCUCCUUUCUCUCUGCGUGUGUGUGUCUUGCCUCUCUUUUCCUUCUCUUUCUGCAUCUCUCUUUCCUUUCUUUUCCCUCUCUGUCCAAUUCUCUCCCUCUUAGUAACUCUCUCCUCUCAUCUGUCUCCCAUAGACACCAGUCAUGCGUGA